AUGUUUUUCCAGCAGUACCUUGACUACAGCUUUUGCAGUGGCUCGGGCUACCGGAAAGGCCUCCACAAACCACCAGACGUGCAAUCGCAGAAGACGCUACACAAGGCCACGCGGGCCGGGACUCUGGGCUUCAGCCCGGCAGCCAAGGGCUGUAAAAAGGGGACUCUAAAGGGGUUGGGGGCGCGCCCGUUGCUAGUGAUGCCCAGCGCCGGCGCGUCAGCCCCACAGUGUCCGGGACUCUGCCGAGGACAGGACAUGAAUCCCGCAGCUCGUGCGAGAGCCUCUACGCGCAGAGCGCGGGGUUCCCUUCGGCCCCUGGCGCACCAGGGGUUUCCCCAAGGCUCCGCCGCCUCCGCCAGACGUUCCCCCCGCAGGAGCCGCGCGCCCGGGGCGGCAGAGGGUGAAAGGGCCGGGGUGGCCGCAGAGGAGCGGCAGCGGUCAGAAAGCCCUGGGCGGCGCGAGCUGCGCGGCGAGGACUUGGGCUCCGCUGGCCCCGCCACACGUGCGGAGGAGGACGAGAGCUCCGGCAUCCCCGCCAUAAGUGAGCAUCGACGGGACCACCUCCUGCCUCAGCACCCAGAGCGGGGCAGGGAGAGGCAGCCGGGCUGGAAGGAGGCGGCGCAGCUGCAGGGCUGGCACCUCUCCCGCCCUGCUGCUAGCGGCGUCCUGGGGGAGACGCCAGGGGCAUCGGCGCCCUGGCCCGGGUCUCGCUGCGUGCAGGGCGGCGGGCGCAGGGCCGGAGAGGGAGCCCCUCUCUUCCCUCUACCUCCCGCCCCUGCCUACAGCUCUCCCCGCUCUUGUUCUUCAUCGGGUGCAGCUGCUGCCGCCUCCCACUGCCAGCUGGAGGGCGAGGAGAAGGAAGCCCUCGACUGCUUCUUGGCCUUUCUCCACAGCACCGGCAGGGAAGAGGCCUCGAAGCGGAGGUUUCUGGCCGCCAUCCGCACGCUCUGCGGAGCCUGGCUGCGGGGCAGGUACCGGCCCAGUUCCUCGUCGGCACGUGAGCUGCUGGAGAAAAUAGAGCUACUGCGGCGAAAGGAGGCCCCUCGCAGCACAGACGCCGUGAUGUGGCAGCAAGCCGUGCUUGCCGUCGCUGCCGUGAGCGAAGAGAAGGAAGGCCUGCUGGCACAGCACCUCUGCCCCUGCCUCCACAGCAUCUUCCACCUUCCUCCAGCGCAGCAGACGGACAGCGAACGUGCUUCGCUCGAUGCCGAGAUCCUGAGAACUCUGGACAGCGUGCUGGAGGUGCUGAUGCACGGCGCUCGGCUGAGCUCCAGCGACGUGACAGUGGAGAGGAUCUUGCAGGUCCUGCUGCCCUUCAUGGCAUCCCAGGAAGUGGCUAGGCGCCGGAGGGCUGUGGGGAGGGUUGUCCGCCUGAGCCAGAUCUGGAUGUCCUCUUUGAUGCUGGAGGCCGUGCCCUUCAGGAAGGGCAACUUCUUCCUCUUCAGAGAGAAGCCGGUGGAAUUCCUGGGGCAGCUGAUGGGGCACGUCGCUCUGUCCUGUGCCGAGGAGGACCGCGAGAUCAGCUGCGCGGCUGCGGAGGCGCUCGGUGCCUUGCACAGCUUCGUUCUGCUGCGACAGGGCUGCCAGGCAGCACGGGAGGAUCGAGAGCUACCAACGCAGCGGGAAAGCGCUAGCACUAUCUGGCCCAAGGAGCCCGCUGACGAGACGACGGUGUUUGGGAGCUUCCUCCUCCCGAAGGAGAGGAGCGACUUCCUCCUGACCGUCUUGAGCAACAUGGUGCACCCCAGGGUCUCUGACGCCCAGACGGUUGCCAACGUGCUGGAGGUGGUCUUGAGACACUCGUGCUCGGAGCUGGUGGAGGUGGAAGAGAUCACGCAGACCAUCCACGUGCAGCUGGCGCACCUCAGCCGGAAGCCGCUCCAGGACAUCCUGAGGACGACCCUCGUCCAGGUGGCCCACCUGAACCCUCGGAAGGUGACCGCCGGCCUGCUGCGGGCUUCCCCGCACUGUGACAGCACUGCCAGGGCCAUGUGGAGGAUCCUGGCCUCUGAGCCCUGCCUGGCGGACAGCGUGCUGAGGAGGCUGCUGCUGCAGCAGGAAGACGCCAGCCAGCGCGGCGACACGGGAGAAUGCAGCCGCUGCCGUUUCCUGGCUGUAGCUGGUGCCAUGCACGAGAUCUUCGUGGUGCCCUCCAGCCGAGACUGCGUGCGCGUACUUGUCGACGAGCUCUUCGUGGCCGUGGUCCUCCAGCUCUCCUUCAGCUUGAAGAGCCCGGGGCGGGGCUGCUGCACCGCUGGCAGCCGGAGCAGGGAGGCCAGCCAUCCUCCAGUCCGCCCCAUCAGGAGCACGGUGAGCACCAUGCAAGCCCUGUUCCACUGCCUGGGCGGUGCCUCCCUGGCCGAAGACAUCGGGAGGCAGGGCGCCUGGGACGCGCUCAUGAGCCCCGAGACCUACCCCACCGGUAUCGCCGCGCUGACGAGGGUGCUGCGGCGUGAAGCGCCGGCCUGCUGCGCCUCCCUGUCCGCACAGGCGCUCCGAGGUCUCCGGGCCUGCCAGGACAUGGGCACCAUGGCCGUCUUCGUCGAGCUCCUGGACGACGACGACUUUGAGCGCGUCGACGGCGACACCCUGCACGUCCUCCGGUUCCACCUGCGGAGCGAGAGCUUGGCGCUGCGCAGGAUGGCAGUCACGAGCCUCGCCACGCUGUCUGGCAGACCCGAGAAGGCGGCGACUCUGCGAGGCCUGCUGCCAGAGGUCACGCAGCGACUGCGGGACGACGACUGCGGCAUCAGGACGGCGGCCCUGACUGUCCUCAGGAACACGCUCUGCCUGGCGGACAGGCAGACGGCUGUCCCCAUCGCGCUGCAGCUGCUCGCGGCGCUCCUGCCGCUCUUUGAAAACGAGUCCAGCUCCGUGCGCGAGCGCUCCAUCCUGCUCUGCAGAGAUGCGGUGGAUGUCGCAGUCGGCACCCACGCGAAGCAGGGGAAGAAGGAGGUGCGGAGGAGCCUGAUGCCCCUGUUCUUCCACCUGCACGACGAGGACCACAGCGUAGCUCAGGCCUCUCGGGAAGCCCUCCUUGGAGCUGCCAAGCUCCUGAAGCGGAGGCAGCUCCGGAAGCUGCUGGAGACGGAGCAGACCUGGAGGGUUGCUGAGCGCCUGCUGGCGGAGAACAGCAGCAGAGCGGAGGAGUACGUGGAGCAGAGCCUGCCGUACCUGCAGAGCCCACAGGAACCCUUGCGCGAGGCAGCCGUCAGGUUCCUUGGGCUCGCUGGGCAGCGGCUGAGGGAUGGGCACCAGGAGAAGCUGCAGGUCAUCUGCGAGGCCCUUCAAGGCAAGGCGAACGACAGCAGCCCCUCGGUCUCUUCCCUGGCGCUUCAAACCCUGCGGAUGCUGGGCACUGCGGUGGAAGAGCCUGCCUCCGGAUUCAGCCUGCGAGCGCUGCGCUACCGGUUCCGGAGGGCAUGGAGGAGGACGACCCGCGCCCUGGGAGAUGCCUGGCUGUGCUGCCGCAGCUGUGUGCAGAGCUGAGCCCGGGCUGCUCCUCACGCUGGCUCCACCUGAGCAGCUGGAGCUGCCCGCUUGCCAGCAGCCCAGGGCCGUGCAGGACACACCACCGCACGCUGCGUUGCCCAGCUCUCUCCAGACCCCAGCCUGGAUGGGCGCCCGCGCUCCCCAGCACUCCCGUUUCAUGGGGAAGGGGACGGGAGGGCCACGGCCCGCGGCUCCCGUGGGCGUGCUGGCUGUGAAGCCGCAAGCAGCAGCCACGUGCGGCGGCGCUUUGGACUGCGACCCAGGAAGGAAGCGGGCAUCCUGCAGGGCGCAAGCGGAGCCCUGAGCGCAGCCGGCCUGCGUGCCUCCCCGCCAUUGAUAAA